AUGAAACUCUUCGUGGCCAUUUUCGCUCUCCUCGCCGUGGCAGCCGCCCAGGAGGUGUACACCAGCAAGUACGACAACAUCGACGUGGACGAGAUCCUUAGGUCGGACCGGCUUUUCAAGAACUACUUCCAGUGCCUGACGGACGAGGGGCGGUGCACACCGGAGGGAAACGAGCUGAAGCGGAUCCUGCCGGAAGCCCUCGAAACCAACUGUGCCAAGUGCAGCGAAGGCCAACGGAAUGGUGCAAUCAAGGCUUUCGGCUACUUGAACGCCAACCGCCCGGAAGAGUGGAAGAUCCUGCGAAUGCGGUACGACCCGGAGAACAAAUACGUCGAACAGUACCGCGAGGAGGCCGAGAAGGUUGGAAUAAAAUUGUAA